AUGUGUUCCAUCUCCGCAAUCUCCAACGCCGUCCUGAGAAGAAGGCUUCAACUUCGUCCGUACGAUAUCUUCCCAAUCACAAAUAAGACUAGUGCUUCGAAAGCUACAUUAAUUACUUCUUACACUCGAUCGCAAAGGUUGAUAUUAUCCGCACCAUCUUCGUUUUCCACUCAUCCUCACCCACCGGAGAUUCCCACGGUGGUGCCGGACCGGGAGCAACCUUCAGUCCCGCUUGAAGUUCCACCGCUUAUUACUACGUCACCAGAGGUAGGCCCCGGUGGCGACCUCCCUUCUGAGGUGAUCGAGAUUCCACCGCCGUACGAACCCAAUCCGGAGCCGGAGAUAGACUUACCACACCCGAGUUUUCCACCACCUCCGGGUCCGGAUAUUUUCCCACCGAGACAACCGCCAGGGCCUGAGAUUGAUCCACCGAGAUGGCCGCCGCCGCCGGAUGUUCCUCCAGUGAGGCCGCCUGGGCCUGAUAUUGUGCCUCCGCCUGAUCUUCCACCUGAUAUAAAGCCGCCAACUGGGAGUCCCACUUUUGUCUUUUAA